AUGGUCGAAGGUGUCCCAGCAUUGCUUGAUGUUGUGCAAAUAAGCUUGAGUCCUUCGCAUGCAAGGGACCUUCACGAGGAGGAAACGACACUAGUUGAUUACAUUAUACCAGAUGAUGGUGAAGUUGAGAUAGAUGAGACUGAGCUUGGGUAUGCUGACGAGGUUGGGGAUUCUAAGGUGGAUAACUUAUUGCGGCUAAUCAAUGAGGACCAUAAUUUUGGCAGUUCAAUGUUUUCUGGUGGCGUUACAAAAGCUGAUAUUCUGCGUAUGAUUGAAGAGGCUAAAGAGAAGAAGAAUGCAAAAGGGAAGCAAAAGAAAUCUCUGAACAAAAUCGGUGGACCGAGUAGUGAUGUUGUUGGAGGAAUGUCUAUGACUGAAAGUGAUCUCCAUCGAAUCGCCGAUAUAGUUGCUUCUAAGAUUUGUGGGCAAAUGAAGCUUUUGGACCAUAAGGUUAAUGAGUCUGUUGCAGCCAUAGGGGAACUGAAAUAUGUUGUUAGUGUUGUGGAUGUAGCCAUAGGAACUGAAUUGGCUUUGCAGAUAACAAAGAUGAAAACUGAUGUGAUUGAUGGGAUAUGGGUUAUUGGAGCCCUUACAAGAGAUGCAUUUGAGACCGUUGGCGUUGGUGGAGGUAGAGGUGGUGGUAAUGGUGGCAAUUGUUCAGAAGUUGGGGACAACGGAAGCGGUGAUGUAGUGGAAGAAAAUGAUUUAGUUAAUGGUUCCCUUUCAAAGCCAGUAGAACAAUCUGGAAUUCUAACAAAAGAAAUCGAGGUAUAUCUUUCUUUAUCUUUGAAUACUGCGUAG